UUAUAGUACACUGGAAUUCACCCAAAUUAUAUACAAGAAUUCGUACAUAUCUUACAAUAAGUAUGUUAAAUAGUAAAUUCUACUAUAUAUAAUGUACAGUAUAUAUAUAUUGAAUGAAAUUCCUAUGUAGCAUCGCCGUCUAGCUAAGCAAGUUGUUAGUAUGGCAACGCAUUAUUUGUCCCCAUCAAUAUUAUGCAUUAUUUUGACCACUCUUGUCUUCAUCGCCGGAACAAGAGCAAAAGUCCCGGCGAUCAUUGUCUUCGGCGACUCUUCCGUAGACUCCGGCAAUAACAACUUCAUACAAACCAUGGCUAGAGCCAAUUUCGAACCUUACGGUCGUGAUUUCCCCGGCCGCCGCCCCACCGGCCGCUUUUGCAAUGGCCGUCUCUCCUCCGAUUUCACUUCCGAGGCUUACGGUCUUAAACCUACUGUGCCGGCCUAUCUCGAUCCGUCCUACAAUAUCUCUGAUUUCGCCACCGGAGUUUGCUUCGCCUCCGCCGGUACAGGUUAUGACAAUUCCACCGCCGGUGUGCUAGGCGUGAUUCCUUUAUGGAAAGAAGUCGAGUACUAUAAGGAAUAUCAACAAAAGCUGACCGCUUAUCUCGGCCACCGAAGAGCCGCAAGUAUCAUCAGAGAGUCGCUGUACUUAGUCAGCAUAGGAACCAACGAUUUCCUCGAGAACUAUUACACGUUACCGGACAGGAGAUCUCAAUUCAGCAUCAGUCAGUACCAAGACUUCCUCAUUGGGAUCGCUGAGGUCUUUUUAAAGGAUCUUUACAAACUAGGAGCUCGGAAAAUGUCUUUCACCGGAAUCUCUCCCAUGGGAUGUUUACCACUGGAAAGAGCGACGAAUCUUGACGACCCUUUCAGCUGUACUCGGAGUUUCAAUGACUUGGCGGUUGAUUUCAAUGGGAGAUUGAGGAAUUUGGUGAGGAAAUUGAAUCGAGAGCUUGUUGGAAUCAAGAUUUACUUUGCUAAUCCUUAUGAUAUCAUUUGGGACAUUGUAACCAAACCAUCACAAUACGGUCUAGAAGUGUCUAGUUCUGCGUGUUGCGGCACGGGAUUCUUCGAGAUGGGGUUUCUUUGCGGUCAAGACAAUCCGUUAACUUGCAGUGAUGCGAACAAGUUCGUUUUCUGGGACGCUUUUCACCCUACAGAGAAGACUAAUCAGAUUGUUUCUAAUUACUUCUUUAAACAUCUCAAGAAUCUCUUUCGUUGAUAUUUAUUCACUUAUCUAUGAGUGUAUUCAUCUAUAUGUAGCCAGAUUCAUUUUUCGAAGAUUAGAGAAUGUUUUCCUUUGAAUGGAAGUGAAGACAACAGAGGAUUGAUCAAAGAAAGAAAAUGAAAUUGGAAGAGAGAAAACUGUCUGGUUGCUUUAGCAACAAGAAUAAGACAAAACUACUGUCUUUUUUAGUGUUUUUUUAUUUUCUUUUUGUAAUUUUCGUCUUAUAUGUGUUUUUUAAUAUUCUUGUAAGAAUUUGAUUUUUGAUUUUAAGUAAUAAAUUUUAUCUUAUAGUUUAA